AUGAAUGGGACAGCCAUUGAAAAUUUUGUCUGUGUCAUUUUUAAUGUUUCCUUCAUGAACUGCACUUGGCAUGUGGGCAGGACUGCUUCAGAAGAUACCCAAUAUUUCCUGUACUGGAAGACCUCAGGGAAAGAAGAUUUCACAGGAUGCCAGAAUUACAUUACAGAUAACUGGGGAAGACACACAGGAUGUAGAUUCCAAAAUGUGACAAUUAAAAAUAAGAGAGCUUAUUUCCUGGUAAAUGGGUCUAGAAGUGGACAAAACAUUCAGCCGUAUGAGAAGAGGAUUAUGCUGUACAAAAUCGAAAAACUCACCCCUCCAUUAAAUGUCACUGUGAACUGUACAGAAGCUUCUCAUAGUUGUGAAAUUCAGUGGCAACCACCUCACACAAGUCAUGUGAAAAGACAUGCUUGUUUCAAAUAUGAAAUUGUCAUAGAAAACAAGGCUGAUCCUGAGAAAAUCAUCAAAAACGCAUCUAAAACAGGAAGUGACAUCCCAGGAAACUCCUACAUAUUUGGGAGCUUCAGUGCAGAAAAAAGGUACAGCGUCAAAAUUAGAGCAACUGACAACGGAUGUUUAGUGAGCACAAGCUGGGGAGAGUGGAGUACACCCGUAGAGUUUGGAAAAGAACUUACAUUUACUUCAUCAUAUAUGUUAUUUCUGAUAUCAGUGCUGGCAGCAAGUCUCAUACUUUUUCUCUGCACAAUAAACAUUUAUUUGAAAAAAACCUCUGCUACAGUGCCACAGCCAAGAGACGCAUUCCAUAAGAUCUCUGUAAUGGAUUUCCAGACAGAACAUAAGAAUGAAUUAACAAAGCAUGAAACCGAAGAAAUAAUAACAAUUAUUGAAGAAGUGGCAUAA